ACAUGCCACAGCUGGUGCCCGUGUCGCCAUUCUUAUCUCAUUUAUCUGGUAGGUCUAGGUAUUACCAAGCAGCUUCCAACUAUCAUUCUUCUAAGGAGAGCAGGGAGGGUGGGCGCGCUAGACUUGCGGCGACCAAUCACAGCGCAGCAGCUUUCGAUGACAACCACAACCUCACCUCACCCACGGCCAAGAGCAUCAAAACCACUGUCAACCGCCACUCUCCACUCCACCACCGCAUCGCUCUCCACGACCUCGGAAUUGCUCGACAGAAUCCGCCAUGUUGUCGACAACCCGGUCUGCCGCCUCAAUGGCGUUGCGAGUCAAGCCGUCAACCGCUCUCCUCCCAUACCGCGCAGGCUCCGUAGCUUGCAUCUCAAGCUCGUCGAAAAAAUCUGGCGCAACUGAGGCAUACCAGAAACCGGGCCUCGUGCCCAAUGGCCCAGCGCCCCCAUUGCCGAUGAAAAAAGAGAGGAGAGAGGUCCCUCUGCCCAGCCAGGAGGGCAAGAAGGGCGCCAUGCAAUACGCCCUCACAACCCUCGACCAAAUCGCCAACUGGGCGCGCCAAGGCUCGCUCUGGCCGAUGACCUUCGGACUCGCCUGCUGCGCCGUCGAGAUGAUGCACCUCUCCACGCCUCGUUACGACCAGGACCGCCUCGGCAUCAUCUUCCGCGCCUCGCCGCGCCAGUCCGACGUCAUGAUUGUCGCCGGCACACUCACGAACAAGAUGGCCCCCGCGCUGCGCCAGGUAUACGACCAGAUGCCGGACCCGCGAUGGGUGAUAUCGAUGGGCUCGUGUGCGAACGGCGGCGGGUACUACCACUACAGUUAUAGCGUCACGAGGGGCUGCGAUCGCAUCGUGCCCGUGGAUAUCUAUGUGCCGGGCUGUCCGCCGACGAGCGAGGCGCUGAUGUAUGGUAUCUUUCAGCUGCAGAAAAAAAUGAGGCAUACGAAGAUUACGCGUAUGUGGUAUAGGAAGUAGAUUGGGGGCGUUUGAGGCGCUGGUGUGGGAAUGUGAGGCUGGUGCUCGAGUGAUGAUGGCCUUUGGCAUGCAUGGCCUUUCAUAUGUAUAAAUCAUAGCUAUCAUUGCACGGACAGGCAUGUUGCCAAUCCAAAAUCACUACUGUUGUACAUAUCUUGAUAUAUCUUUGUUGACAGUGUGGCCCUGACUGCUGACCCGGCAACUCCGCAGCCGGUUGAACAAUAGGUGCAAGGCAACUCUGUGUCGUGGGAAAGAUGGGAUACGGAAUA